AUGCCUGAAAACAUGUCUUCGGUCGCUCGUUCGCCUCCACCAACUCAUCGAGCUCCUUUGGCUUGUACGCGAUGUCGACGGAAAAAGCUAAAAUGCGUGGGUGGACGACCAUGUGUAAGAUGUCAGAAGGUUCAGGAGGUGUGUGAUUUCGAAAGGACCAGGUAUUCGAGUAUUCUGGGUGGGAACGCUCCGAUUUCCGAAGGAGUGAAUGAACGGCAUGAUCGAUUAGAGAAAUUGGAGAGGAUGGUGGAGAACCUGGUGAAGGGAAUGGUAGAAGGCAAUCCACCCCACGGUCCUUCACAAAAUGACAACACGUUCCCGGUAUCUGUGUCGGCUGAGAAUCAAGCUUCGAUGAAUUCGCUGGAGCAAAUGAUGAUGUGUCCACCGCAAUCAACAGCCAGAUUUGAAGGAAUAGAACUCGUGUCGUCUUCGAUGCAGCACAAUCAUCAUCCCCAGGGUGCUUCAGAUUCGGAUAGCCAUGAUAUGCCUGCACCGAUAGCCCCUCUCAUAACUACUCCACGACUGUAUCCCAAUCACUCGAAUCUCGCGACUACCUACCAGCCGUACAUUUCACCUACGACUUCCGCAUCACCGGCUCAGCCGAAUCAUACUCAUCCUCAGUCUCAUCCUCUAUCUCAAUUGCCUCCACUACCAGAUCACCCAUCCUUGAUAGGCUUGUCUCCCCAGUCGCAAGAUCCAUCGCCCCACCACCCCGUUGCCAAGCUACGUAUCAUACCCCCUCCAUCCAAAACAUCACCCGAGUCAAGACUGGCCAGUGUUGCUGGCGAUUUAACUGCACCUUUUCAGCCUUUGACCCAUUACCCAGGGAUUUGGCAGAAUAAAGAGAGUUCCCAGCCUACUAGUCCCGCACCGUAUGAGCCGAACCAUGCGGGAGAAGGUGGAUCAAAUGGCGUGUUUGAAGCCAAAGUCAGCAUUGAUGAUGAGCCGGUCAAUCUGGGAAUUAUUACGAUGAAUACGGCCUUGACCCUCUUGGACUUCUAUUUCACCAAAUGUCACCGGUUCCUCCCCAUCAUCGCACCUAUCAAAUCUCAGCUCGCGAUACAGUCUUUUUCUGGAUACCUUCUCACCACAGUCCUCGCCAUAGCAUGUCGCUUUCAUCCGGGCCAUGAUCGCCUACUGGCCUUCGACGAUACAACGUCCAAAAGAAUCGCCCAGCUCGCCUAUUCGCACCUCGCCGCCAGCCUCUUCCGCAAGCAGCACCGUCUUGCCGACGUUCAAGCCUCACUCCUGCUUGCCGGUUAUGGCUUGCUACCGGAUGGUCAAGGUCCUGAUCCAUGGGUCGUCACGGGACAUGCUGCAAGGAUCGCAUCAAGGUUGGGACUCUACAGGGUGCAUCUGGCAAGUGCUAGCGUGUCAGGUAGAGAGGAAGUGGACAAGCUUUUGGCUCAGUGGAGAACAUGGAUGGCUUGGUACUCAUUCGAUGGUCUGCUUUCCCUCGGCUUUGGUCGCCCUCAAUCAGCCGGUCAAUCGUAUUAUGAGGACCAGUUUCUGCAAUUGUCGCUGGACGGACGUGAUACAUCUCCCGAAGAAACUCAAGGAGAUGCUUAUUUAGCCAGCCUCGUACAGCUAUCAAGAAUUGGGCGGCAGCUCAUAUCCACGUGUCAAGCAUUGAACGACAGGAGUCAUCAGUAUUCGGGAGAAGAGAUACAGUCGAUUUUGAUAGAGCUCAAUGGCAAGCUAGAUGACUGGGUUUCAAAGUGGACUUGGAACGGUUCUAUUCGAUCACUGCAACUAGGUACAUCUCGCUCCCUGUCAAUUCUGCAACAAAAUCAUUUGCGACUGAACCUUAACACCCUUGCCCUUCGAAUCAAUCCAAGUAGUCGAGAGCUUUCAGCAGACACAACUCGGUACAUCCGGCUGGCCAUCGAGGCAGCCAUCGGUAUCGUUCAACUUCACUCGGAAUCAUCUGCAGGUGACUCGUCGCUGAGUUAUGCUAUUGAUUAUAUCACCAUGUCAUUGGCACAAGCGGCAGUCUUCCUGAUCCGAAUUCAGCUUCUACCUCCAGAUCCUGAGCCACCUUCUUCGGGCGACCGUUGUCUGGGAGAUCGUGCCGUAUUGACCCAUUACAUCCACACCGCUAUAGACCUGCUUGAGCGAACGGAUCACAGCGAGACGAAGAACUCCACCUAUCUGGCAAAGGUUUGCAGAGACUUAUGUAUCGUUGCAGGCUUAUCAAGUAUGGCUCCAGAAGCUCCUAUCAGUCGCGAAGGCGAUCCAGCUGUCGCCCCUUCAUCGACCUAUCCAGCAGUGGACUUGCAAGGCCUGUUAUCGCUCGAGAAUGUAGACCCCGGUGGAGAUUGGGACUUGGCCUACAUGCUUGGUCUUGCUGGUUCGACCUGGGCACCUUCUCGAGCUGCGAGUCCGAAGAACGGCCAGUCAUCGUUUUUACCAGGAUGA